UAAAAAAAAUACUAAAGCAAACCAUCACAUAAUUCCAAUGGAGUCCAAACCUGCAGCUGCAGCCUCAUCUCCAUCGGCCAUCGCCGACGUCCGCCGCCUCUACAAGGCCGUGUCCAGCGGCGGGGCGGGGGAAAUCCCGGGCCUGAAGAUCGCGGGGGACCUGGAAUGGUGGUUCCACGGGCCGCAGAAGUGCCAUUACAUGAUGAAAAAGCUGACCGGAGAGUCCUCGGCGGGGGACUUCGAGUUCGAGCCUCGGAACAUCGACAUCGUGGACGAUCUCGUGAUUGUGGAGGGGUGGGAGGGGGCGGAGGUGUAUUGGGUGCACGUGUGGACGCUGAGAGAUGGGGUGAUCACUCAGUUUAGAGAAUACUUCAAUACUUGGCUCACGGUUAGGGAUGUGCGCCCGCUCGGUUGCUCCGCCGCCCCUCUUUGGCAGAGCCACCCUCAGGAACUGCCGGAGCGCUCGCUGCCCGGCCUCUUGCUUGCCAUUUGAUUAUAUACUAUGAAUAUGUCUAAUUCAAUAAUGUUUAACUUUUUUUUAUAAAAAUAAGUGUAAAUUAAGUGUGAGAGUUGAAUCCUAGAUUUCGCCGUUUGCGGACUAAAAUGUUGCAUCUUUUAUUUCA